GGGGGGCCAUGGCUGCCGGGCGGUUGGUGGCGCUUGCGGGGGCGCUGCUGCUGUUGUGGGGGGGCUCCGCGCGGGGCCUCUACUUCCACAUCGGGGAGACGGAGAAGCGCUGCUUCAUCGAGGAGAUCCCGGACGAGACCAUGGUCAUCGGCAACUACCGGACGCAGCUGUGGGACAAGCAGGCCGAGGCCUUCCUGCCUUCCACGCCCGGGCUGGGCAUGUUCGUGGAGGUGCGGGACCCGGACGCCAAGGUGAUCCUCUCGCGGCAGUACGGCUCGGAGGGCCGCUUCACCUUCACCUCGCACACGCCCGGAGAGCACCAGAUCUGCCUGCACUCCAACUCCACCCGCCUGGCGCUCUUCGCGGGGGGGAAGCUGCGGGUGCACCUGGACAUCCAGGUAGGGGAGCACGCCAAUAACUACCCGGAGAUUGCUGCCAAGGACAAGCUGACGGAGCUGCAGCUGCGAGCCAGGCAGCUGCUGGACCAGGUGGAGCAGAUCCAGAAGGAGCAGAACUACCAAAGGUUCCGAGAAGAGAGGUUCCGCAUGACCAGUGAGAGCACCAACCAGCGGGUGCUCUGGUGGUCCAUCGCGCAGACGGUCAUCCUCCUCCUUACAGGCAUUUGGCAAAUGAGGCACCUCAAGAGUUUCUUUGAAGCCAAAAAACUGGUUUGAUGUCUUCAGCAUCACAUAGGUCAUCGUUCACCAAUGCUCCACUGUUGCUUUCCAUUGAGUAAAUCUUGAUUUUUUUAAAAGUACUAAACUGAGAAAGAAGCACAGCAGACAAUGCCCCUGCCCCAAUUAAAUACAUCCACAAAAACA